AUGGGUUCACAAUGUGGGUUAAUUAUACUUGGUAACACUGGAGUAGGCAAAUCAUAUUUAGCCAAUAUAUUAUUAGAUCGUGAUGUAUUCAAACAUGAUUGUAACCCCGGUUCUGUUACCCAUGCAACAGAAUUCGAAGAUAUUCACAUUGGUGAAUCAAAUUAUUCUAUAUUUAAUAUUCCUGGAUUAAUUGAAGCUGAUCAACAGAGGAUUGAUUUAAAUAAAUGUGAAAUACAUAAAGCAUUUCAAUUACGUCCAAAUUCAAUUAUCAUUUUUGUAUUUGGUGGUGGUUCUGGUGGUCGAAUAAAUGAUGAAGAUGUAAUUGCAUUUAGAUCUAUUAACAAAGCAUAUGACUUUACACGUAAAUCAUUAUUACUUUUUGUUAAUGAUUUACCUAAUGGGCGUAAAUCAGAGUAUGAUGGUGAAACAAAAAUUAGAUUAGAAACAUUGUUAGGUAAGAUUAAUAAUUGA